CCAAGUGUGGGGCUGAGCCCCCCAAGUGUGGGGCUGACCCCCUGCCCCCCCGCAGGCUUCCUGCCCCCCAGCAGCAGCAUCCCCCUGCAGAAGCAGCUGGAGCACGCCAACCAGCAGUCGGGCUUCAGCGACGCCGCGCUGCACCCCAGCCCGGCCCUGCUGCCCAGCCCCCAGCUGCCCGUGCCCAUGCAGCCGGCGCCCAAGUCGGGGCUGCCCUACACGCACCCGGCUCGCCCCGCCUCGCCCGGCAGCUUCCCGCCCCACGGCGCCAGCCCCCAGCAGCCCCACGCGGUGAGUGCCCCACGCCUGCCCCACAUCUGUGGGGCUGCCCCACACUUGGGGGGCAGCACCCAC